UGGAAUGAGAUUACGAAAUAUUUCCGAGCAGGCAUGCCGUUGAGGAAACACAGGCAACAUUUCAAAAAACAUGGAAGCUGUUUUACUGCAUCGGAAGCUGUAGACUGGCUCCAUGAAGUAUUGAGGAAUAACAGUAACUUUGGUCCUGAAGUUACUAGGCAGCAGACGGUUCAGUUAUUAAGAAAGUUUCUCAAGAAUCAUGUAAUUGAAGAUGUAAAAGGGAGAUGGGGAUCUGAAAAUUUAGAAGACAAUGGUGUGCUAUACAGAUUUCCUUCAACAUCUCCAGUUAAACCUCUGCCAAGCUCAUAUCCACCAAAAGAGAACUUGGAAAGCUUCUCUAGGGACAAAGAAAGACUUUUUAAACUGCCACAUUUAUCCAGGAGAACUUUUAAAAAACAUGAGUUACUACAGUCUCUGGAAAAUUUAGAAAAAACAAAACCUGAUAUAGAAGAAAACGAGGAAGACACGCUGCAUAGGAAGGAAAUAAGCCAGGAAUAUGUGCAAGAAACUUGGAGAAAUAUCAUUCUAAUACAUUUGCAAACCAUUUUAGGCCUCCCAUCUCUGGACGAAGUUUUGCAGCCAACACAGAUAGUUCCUGAGUAUGUCAUAUACAACAUGACUAACACGAGCAAACACGGUGUUGUUAUUUUGCAGAACAAAUCGGAUGACCUCCCUCACUGGGUGUUGUCGGCUAUGAAAUGUCUCGCAUACUGGCCUAGAAAUAAUGACAUGAGCCAACCAACUUACAGUGGAUUUGAACGGGAUGUAUUCAGAACGAUUGCUGAUUACUUCCUCAAUCUACCUGAACCAUUACUCACUUUUGAAUACUAUGAACUUUUUGUUAAUAUUUUAGUUAUGUGUGGCUACAUCACAAUUCCAGAUAUAUGCAGUGGAAAAAGUUCUGUCCAAGAUGAGAAAUGUGACCCACAACCUUCAAAAAUUCUUCACUUGAACUCCUUCAAGUCAACUGAGUGUCUUCUUCUAAGUCUACUUUGCAAAGAGCCUGACAAAAAAAAGAAAGAAUGUGAAGCUUCCAGGAAGUCUUCUUCAGAAGAGCUAACUAUUCAAAAGCAGUGCGCAAAGAAAUUGCAGCAAUAUAAACUGACAUGUAAGCAAGGUGGUGCUGAGAAUCUAAUAGGAGGAAGUUGUCAAAAUCUUAAAGGUUUCAGGAAUGAACAAGAUCCACCUCGAACAUUUAGGACAAGAUGUUACUCUUUGGAAAGAAUUGGAGAUAUUACUUCAAAUGUAUGUAAUAAAGGAAAAUCAGAUUCCCUUGGGCAAAGUGAUGGGAACACCAUCCUGGGCAUAAGAAAUGGAAAACAAUCACUACCACAUCAGCAUAAAGCUAAUUCUGUAUUGGAGCUUGGUUUUGAUAACACAUGUCAAAAACAAAGCCAAGGUAUCAAGAGAGUGUCUGCCUCAACUCUUCAGGAUAAAGAGCUGUUGAAUGACAAUCAUGGAUCAAAGCAAAUACGCAGGUCUCUGAGUUUACUUGGCAAGAGGAACUCUAAAAGUUGUGCUAGCAUUAAUAUGCCAGUUGCUGAAAUCACAGUAAAGCCAAGAUCUCGAUUUUGUGGGCAAGAAAAUCCUAAUACCUCUGGUGUGGCUACUUUGGUGGACAUCGGGACUGAGGUUUCUGAUAUCACCAUCAAAAAGAGGCUCUGCAAAAGUACCACAGAACUCUCAGAAUACUCUUUCACUCACUCUUAUAUGUUGACUGGCACGCAAAAUCUCCUCCAGCCUCAUUUAGAAAGAAUUGCUGUUGAAGCACUACAGAUAUGUUGUUUGUUGCUUCCACCACCAAAUCGUAGAAAGAUUCAGCUCCUAAUGCGUAUGAUCUCUCGGAUCAGUGAAAACGUGGAUAUGCCACGACUGCAUGAUGCAAUGGGCACACGUUCUUUGAUGAUACAGACUUUUUCUCGAUGCGUACUGUGCUGUGCAGAAGAAGUAGAUCUUGAUGAGCUACUUUCUACACGAUUAGUUUCAUUUCUAAUGGACCACCAACAAGAAAUAUUUAAAGUACCAACCCACCUGCAGAUUGCAGUGCGAGAUCACAUAGAAUACAUGAGGAUGGCUCAGUACAAAUAUCCCACUGAAGAAAUUUGUGCCGUAUUGCCAACAUAUUCGUACUGCAAACAAAUAACUUCUCAGGAGUUUGAAGAACAAAAGGUUUCUACAUCUCAAGCUGCAGUGGCGGAGCUCUUGGAGAACAUCAUCAAAGAUAAAAACUUGUCUGUGAAAGACAAAAAGAAAAAGUUAAAACAGUUUCAGAAGGAAUACCCGCUGAUCUACCAGAAUAGAUUUCCAACUACAGAAAAUGAAGCAAUGCUAUUUGAGAACAAACCUACCAUCAAACAACCGAUGCUUAGCCUAAGGAAACCAAGAUUUCGUAGCCUAAGAUAUUAA